GGAUUUGAACUCAGGACCUUCGGAAGAGCAGUCAGUGCUCUUAAUCGCUGAGCCCUCUCUCCAACCCGUCAUUUUUGUUCUUAUCCACUUGGUAAACUCCCAGUAGAAAUGUCAUUCCCUCAGACCCAUCCUAACCUACUCAUUGCAAAAUGAAUUACCUGAUCUCUGUGAUCCCAGAGUCCCUGGUAUUGGAAUUACAGUUGGUUGUUUGCCCACAUUCGGGUACUAGGAAUUGAACCUGUGGUUUCUCUAGAGCAGCUGUCUCUCCAACCCCCUUGAAUUUCGUUUUGUCCUUGAACUGACAAAAAGUGUUCAUGCCUUUAAAUGCUUUCAAUCAUUUCCUGUAACCAAGAAGCAUUUUGUAGUUCCCCAGGCUUAGACUUUAAAGAUCAGAAGGUCUGACCCUGAACUGCCUCGUACCUCAUUCACAUUCUUAGUCUAGCCGCUCACUGCUCUCAUAAGAUCCAUCUCCCCUCCACCUCUGCCUAGCUCCGGGACUGGAGAGGUAGGCAGGGUCAUGCACAGGCUAAACGAUCGCUCUAUCAUUAAGCUACAUUCCUCAGAUUUCUUUACAAGAUGAUGAUGGGGGAAAACCAGGACGACUGUAAUUCCAGGAUGCACAGGGCUAAGGCAAAUAGGAUCAAGGAUUCGAGAUCAACUGAGCGGUACUGAGAGGCCAAAUUAAAAAAAAAAAGGGGGGGGGUAAUUGUGGGUUUGAAGCCUCUUAAGUUGUAUACAUAUGUGUUAUUGUUGAACCAGCCUUAGGGCCAUAGGGUCCAGACUAAAGCUCAUCUUCUUCCAGGUUAAACGUCACAAUCUAUAAACCUUGUUAAGGUCUAAAGAACAGCAAGCCGAGGCAUUCCUAAGUGAAAAACGAGACUGAUCAGUGUGCUGUCUGUCAGGAGAGAAUGUGGAGGACCAGAGCGACACUGCGUUCGACUCAGUUGCUAGGCCAGGGCAAGCGAAAGUAUGCUGCAUCUUCCCCAGUGAAAGUGGGGCCCAGCCGCUGGGCCGGUCGGAAGGAUUUCGGUUCCCACACCCGGAGACUCCAGGCCUUGACUACACAGUUCCGCUCUCGGGCGCAGGGCCCUGGCACCGCCCCUAGCGGGAGGCCGGGUCGUACCAUUCUGCCUCUAGUGGGGUAGAGGUGUGUCGAAGGCGAGCCCCGGGCGACGGACGAGAGCCACCGGCCGCAAGGAGAAAGCGCGUGCGAGUGUUUGGGAAUAAAGCGAGUUCGUUUUCCCUCUUGUCUUCCUGAGCUCUCCGUAUCCCCGGGGAAGGGUGGGGACCUGGGCGUGCCUCCCCCUCGCGCUUCUCCACUUGGUACGUCCCGGUGGCGCGUAGGCGGCAGGCGUACUUAAGGCGGGCGCGGGAGGCGGGGCCGCUCAGUCCUCGCGGCAUCGCUUCGCGGUCGUCUGGAACUUUGUUGCUUGGCGGCCUGCGCUGCGCGCGUGCGCGGACAUGGCUUCAAACGACUAUACCCAACAAGCAACUCAAAGCUACGGGGCCUAUCCUACCCAGCCUGGGCAGGGCUACUCCCAACAGAGCAGUCAGCCCUAUGGCCAACAGAGUUACAGUGGUUAUGGCCAGUCAGCUGACACUUCAGGAUACGGCCAGAGCAGCUAUGGUUCUUCUUAUGGACAGACCCAAAACACAGGCUAUGGAACUCAGUCAGCUCCCCAGGGAUAUGGUUCCACUGGAGGCUAUGGCAGCAGCCAAAGUUCACAAUCUUCUUAUGGGCAGCAGUCCUCCUACCCUGGCUAUGGCCAACAGCCAGCUCCUAGCAGCACCUCAGGAAGUUAUGGUGGCAGUUCUCAGAGCAGCAGCUAUGGGCAACCCCAGAGUGGAGGUUAUGGUCAACAGUCUGGCUAUGGUGGACAGCAACAAAGCUACGGACAACAACAAAGCUCCUAUAACCCACCUCAGGGUUAUGGACAACAGAACCAGUACAACAGUAGCAGUGGAGGUGGUGGAGGGGGUGGUGGAGGCAACUAUGGCCAAGAUCAGUCCUCUAUGAGUGGUGGCGGUGGCGGUGGUGGUUAUGGCAAUCAGGACCAGAGUGGUGGCGGCGGCGGCGGCUACGGGGGAGGCCAACAGGAUCGUGGGGGCCGAGGCAGGGGCGGUGGAGGUGGUUACAACCGAAGCAGUGGUGGCUAUGAACCCAGAGGCCGUGGAGGUGGCCGAGGAGGCAGAGGCGGCAUGGGGUCCUCGGGAUCAAGGAUCUCGUCAUGAUUCUGAACAGGAUAAUUCAGACAACAAUACCAUCUUCGUGCAAGGCCUAGGCGAGAAUGUUACAAUUGAAUCUGUGGCUGAUUACUUCAAGCAGAUUGGAAUUAUUAAGACAAACAAGAAAACUGGACAGCCUAUGAUUAAUUUGUACACAGACAGGGAAACUGGCAAGUUGAAGGGUGAGGCAACAGUUUCAUUUGAUGACCCACCUUCUGCUAAAGCAGCUAUCGACUGGUUUGAUGGUAAAGAAUUCUCUGGGAAUCCUAUUAAAGUUUCAUUUGCUACCCGCCGAGCUGACUUCAAUCGGGGUGGUGGAAAUGGUCGCGGAGGCCGAGGGCGAGGAGGACCCAUGGGCCGUGGAGGCUAUGGAGGAGGUGGCAGUGGUGGUGGUGGCCGGGGAGGAUUCCCCAGUGGAGGUGGUGGAGGUGGAGGACAGCAACGAGCUGGAGACUGGAAGUGUCCUAAUCCUACAUGUGAGAACAUGAACUUCUCUUGGAGAAAUGAAUGCAACCAGUGUAAGGCACCUAAGCCAGAUGGCCCAGGAGGGGGACCAGGAGGCUCUCAUAUGGGGGGAAACUAUGGAGAUGAUCGACGUGGCAGAGGAGGAUAUGACCGGGGCGGCUACCGGGGCCGAGGAGGGGACCGUGGGGGCUUCAGAGGGGGCCGGGGUGGUGGGGACAGAGGCGGUUUUGGCCCUGGCAAGAUGGACUCCAGGGGCGAGCACAGACAGGAUCGCAGGGAGAGGCCAUAUUAGCCUGGCUCCUGAAGUUCUGGAACUCUUCCUGUACCCAGUGUUACCCUUGUUAUUUUGUAAACUUACAAUUCAGGAUCGCUCAUGGAUAUUUUUUUUUGGGGGGGGUGGGGCGGUUGUGUGUGUAUGUGUGUGUGUGUGUGUCAGACUACCCUAAUUGUAACCAUAUCUCUGGUUCCCAUUAAAAAACAUCAUUUUAGUUAAA